AUGAAUCCAACCCCAAGAAUCAAUUCAAUUGAUUUUUCCGAUGAUGGAGAAAUCAUGACUGUCAGUCUUUCAAAUGGGUUUGCUAUUUUCUCAACAAACCCUUUGCGUUUAUUAAUAAAUAAAAACUUCCAAGAUAAAGAAAUUGGAUUAACUUCAACAAUACCAAAUUCCAGUAUUAUUAUAUGUAGCGGUAUUGCAGGUCAGUCUUCUUUCUCUAAUACUGAUCUUAUGGUUUACGAUGAUUCUAUUGGCAGAAAUGUAUUCGAAUUAUCAAUGCCAGACCCCAUUGUUAAGAUUAAAAUGCUCCCGUCUAUGUUUUCGGUGACAACAAAAACAGAAAUGCGCUUAUAUACGUUCGAUCCACCAAUGCUUUAUUGCCAGUUCCGUAAUCCGGUUAACAGUUUCCUCUCUUCCGAUUUCUGUGUUCAUAGAAACUCAUUUAUGGUUGCUGUAACCGGAAAAGAUUUAUCUACCGCAAGAAUUGUUACAGGAGAAGGUAAUGAUCUUAUGUUUAAAGCUCAUAACCAUAGCAUAUCGAAAUUCAAACUGAACAAUGGAGGAAACUACGUAGCUACGGCUUCUGAAUCUGGAACUUGCAUAAGAGUAUGGAUGACAGAGACAGGCGAGCAAUUUGCAGAGUUUAGAAGAGGCAGACUGCCGGUUGAGAUAAAUUCAAUGGCUUUCGACUCAAAGACAAAUUUAAUCGCCAUUUCUUCGAAUAAUCCUACACUUCACGCAUUUAUUAUACCUCCAUCCAAAACCUUGGAUGCCCCACAGACAGAUUUAACAUGGAAAGUUCCUUCUCCUGGAAAUACAUUCCUUUCUUUUGAUAAGUCAGGAAAACUUCUUGUUGGUCACUCAAAUGGAACUCUUUAUGUUCUUAGGUGUGAUAUUCCAUCGAAAUCCAUAAUCCAAGAGUCAACAACUUUAUUCACUUCAUUAUUGAAUUCUAAUGAAGCCGUGAAGAAGUAA